AUGGCAAAAUUAAAAAAAGAAUUCCGAUACCGGGAGUCGAACCCGGGUUUGCUCGGUGAAAGCGAACCGUGCUAG